UUUAAAGGCGGGCGCGGGGCGGGGCGCGCUCACAGCCAUGGCGCGCGGCAGCAGGAGCGUGUCCCGGCCCGCCAAGGCCCCCGCGCACCCCGCGCCCGCCAGCCCGGCCCCAGCGGCCCCGAUGCCCGCGGCGCAGCCGGCGCAGCCCGGGCUGAUGGCGCAGAUGGCGAGCACGGCGGCCGGCGUGGCCGUGGGUUCCGCCGUGGGACACGUCGUGGGCAGCGCCAUCACCGGUGCCUUCAGCGGCGGCUCCUCCGAGCCCGCCAAGGCGGCGGCGCCCGCCCAGGAGCCGCCGGCCGUGCUGCAGCAGUCGCCGUACGGACCGUGCCACUAUGAGAUGAAGCAGUUCCUGGAGUGCGCCACCAACCAGCGGGACCUGACCCUGUGCGAGGGCUUCAACGAGGCGCUGAAGCAGUGCAAGUACAGCAACGGUGUUUCUUCUCUCCUGUGAAGAAUUGGCCCCCUCGUAGGGAAGAGGAUCGUGGUGUAGAGCCCUGCUCUCCCCAAGGAGUGGCAGGACAGACAGAGCUGGAGGGAGCAGAGUGACCAGCCAGGAGUAUUCUAGUGGUAAUUCACUUCUGAACUAGUAGGGAAGGAAGGGAAUGAUUGGACCCAAGGGUCUUCGGUGUUCAGAUAGCACUGUAUUUAUUACAGAGAAAUAAAAGAAUUUAUUUGGACCUA